AUGAUUUCCAUGCCAGGGACUAACACCUCAGGCAACGUCAGCCUGACUUCUGACAGCAGCGAUUCUGCUUUAUUUCAUGCCACCACUGUUAAUGUCUGUGUGCUGUGCCUGCUCCUACCCAUCCCCAUCUUUGCCAUCAUGGGAAAUCUUUUCAUCAUGGCUGCAGUGGCACGCUUCCAACAUCUCCGGACGCCCACCAACGCCUUUGUGGUUUCCCUGGCAGUGGCGGACUUACUGGUUGCUGUGCUGGUGAUGCCUUUCAGUCUGGUGCGUUCCAUCAGCAGAUGGCAUUUCGGGCGCCACUUCUGCCGAGCACACUUCUUGCUGGACGUCACUCUCUGUACGUCCUCCAUUUUUAAUCUCAGCUGUGUGGCACUGGACCGAUACAUAGCAGUGUGCGACCCACUGCACUACCCUGCCCGAAUGUCUCCCAGACGUGUGGCCAUGCUGCUGCUGCUUUGCUGGAUUCUGCCUGUGGUCAUCUCCUCCCUUUGCGUCUCUCUCGGCAUGUACACUCAGCCGCCUUUUGAUGUGGUAGGCAGCAGCACACAGCAGGAUACUCAAAUGUGUCUGGCCACAUUUCAUGUACCCUAUGCUUUUGCAACCUCGGCUGUCUCCUUCUUCAUUCCCAUGGGUUUCAUGCUGUUUGCCUACGGGAAAAUCUUCAAGGCCGCCCAGAGACAAGCGAGGUGGAUCCAUGCAAUCGAUCACCAUUCUGGGCACCUUCAGAUGAACCAGAGCCCCACGAGGACUGCUUCCACUAGACGAGACCAGUCUCCUGUGGAAAGAUAUUCUCUGAAGAAGGAACGGAAGGCUGUUAAGACACUGGGGCUGAUCAUGGGGGUCUUCCUAAUCUGUUGGCUUCCUUUCUUCUGUGUGAAUGUGGUCCAUCCUCUGAAGGGCUACAGCACCAGCCCUCUGGUCCUGGAGGCCUCCAUGUGGCUUGGAUAUGCUAACUCUUCUCUGAACCCCUUCCUCUAUGCCUUGUUUAAUAAGAACUACCAUCACAUAUUUGCAGCCAUGUUGGACUGUGGGCUUUUGGGGAGGCACUUAAGAGCCGGUUUGGAUUCCUCACUUUUUGGUAGACAAGCACAUACUGUUGUUACCUUGGAGACCAUUUCAAGAUGAUCAUUGUGUAUUAGCCUGAUAAUGUUAACUUUUAAGUUACUUUGCAUAACCACUCAGUAGCAAGUUACUCAUCUGUUGCACCGACAGACAGAUUUAAGAAUGGUCAAGAUAUCGCGGUAUCUUGACUUUUAGUUCCUAGUGUGGGUCAAACACUUGAGCGUACAUUUCCCACAAUGCAGUUUAAUAGUGUCUUUCAUUACGAUCUCCAGUCCUGGUAAACGCCCACGUCUUUCAAAAUACACACCUUGAGUUUGUCACGCAUGCUUUCUGUUUUAA